AUGUUUUCAAUCUUGUUCGCAGGAAAGCACGAAAAAAUGGUAACUUACCCGUUUAAGAUGUCGGUUUGUCUGAUAGCGUUGUUUGCCAUAUUAUUCUUGGCUUGUGCAACAAGUGGCAACAAAACCAAUCAACCAUCAAACAACAUGGUAGGUGACACAGAAACUGCCUGUGAUAAGUCAGACAAAAUAUAUGUAAAUUUCUGACGAUGUACAUGAAAACUUGGCGCAUUGAAUAAACAAUCUUAAUUCAAAUAUCAUUGUUCAACAGUUCUUCCUGUAAACAUUAUUACGCAGCAAAUGAGACUUCUAAGCCAAAAAGUAUACAAUUUUACUAAAACGCAAAAUCGUAUUAUUUACAGUGUUAUAUCGUUGAGGAAAAUCUAUAAUGUGCGGUUCUUACGUGCAAAAAAGGGAAUUGUAACAGCUGCUCAAUUUAGCUAAUGAUAUCAUCAAAGCCGAUUGACAAACUUGUAGUUUAUUUUUCCUCCAAUUUACCAGGCCCCUCCCGUCUACUAUGCUGGUAUUCCCGGCAUGCAUGGCAAACCUGGUUCUCCUGGGAUACCAGGUCGCGACGGACGAGAUGGCCGUGAGGGAGCCAAAGGUGACCAAGGUAUCCCAGGCAAGACUGGACCCCAGGGGCCUCCGGGACCUAGCGGAAAAACGGGUGCCAAUGGAAAUGACGGUGCUAAAGGAGAACGCGGGGCCCAAGGACCCCCAGGACAAAAGGGGGAACGAGGGGAGAGUGGAUUAAGUGGAACCCCUGGGAAUCCAGGUCUGAUGGCUUUUAAGAACUGGAAGGAAUGCGUUUGGAAAAACAUCAAUGAUGACAAAGAUCACGGGCUGAUCAAGGUAAACACCUUUCUCUUUACCUCUUCGUUAUAUCAAGGUCUAAUCACGGUUAAAAGAGAAGUUCUUUUAUUUGUUUUCGUAAAGAAGCAAUAAUAACAACCACUACCUAAUAAUAAUAAUAAUAAUAAUAAUAAUAAUAAUAAUAAUAUAAAAAAUGAAAUGAUAAUGAAACAAUAGCAUUAAAAAUCAAAGAAAAACUAAGGGACAAAAGAUAUAGAAGAAGCUUAAGGGCGUGAAGGGAUCAUGACCAGUUUUCAUUUCCCUUGCCUCUAAGCACACAAGACUGUUUAGUGGUGCAUUUUUACCAGCAUAUCUGUUUCUCUCUUUUGUCUAGGAAUGUGUGUUCAGCAAAAACUUCUCUGAAACUGCUCUUCAUGUAUACUGGACGGGUACACUUAGAGUCUAUACUAAUAGUGGCUGUAGACGCUGGUACUUUACUUUCAACGGUGCAGAAUGUUCCGCUCCCCUACCCAUUGAAGGUGUUGUUUACGUGGCCAGCCAAUCUCAAAACCCUCAUCGAGUCCGCCACAUUGAAGGCUACUGUAAUAACAUUCACAAAGGAAAGGUGCGCGUGGGAUUCUGGGUUGGUAAAUGCCAAGGGUACAAUGGAAACUAUGACGCCUACACUGGAUGGAAUUCUGUGUCACGCAUCUUUGUAGAGGAGGUUCCCAAAGCUCAAGCUUAGACUUCCAGAGGAGACAGACCUUCCUGCAUAUUAACCAAACAGGGACAGUAAAUAAUAGCGCUUCCAUUUGUGGGAAACUACGGUUAAUUGCUUUGUAGCUGUGUAAAGUUUGCUCGUAAUAAACAAGUUGCAGGAGGCAGCCAAAGAAAAUAAAAUGUUUGAUUGUUCUUGCAGCUCAGAUUUGACUGAGCAAAUGCAUAAAAUGCAAAAAAAGAUAAAUAAAUAAACGCGGGCUUUACUGAAUCCCAUUUUCGGCCUGGACAAGCUGAGCUAAGAAAAGGUCCGAAGAAGGUUAUAUUGUUUGAUAGUUUUUGCAGUUUUUUUCUCUGUUCUAAACAUGAUCAAGCCGUCUCCUACUUAAAUCUCAUUUUCGUCAUUUAAAUUAAAGGCUGGUGGGUCAUUAAAAGCAAGGAUGCACCUUCUCCCGCUGUUCAUGCCCUCACGCUCAACCUGUUUGUAAUGAGUCAUUCCAUAUGCUUCGUUCCGAACGACCUUUCGAACUGCAGUAGCGGAAGGUCAGGGUUUUGAACUCUCGGCGGUACCCAGACCCCUAUGCGAAGACGUGGCUCAAUUCCACCCUACCCCUCGGAUUACGCGUUUCUGGGAAAAAGUAACAGAGCUUUCGGUAAAGUGUAAACGUGUAAACAGAGGCUUGUCCAAAAUGGCCGUACAUACAAUCUCCAUUCUUUUUCCUUUCUAUUAUUCGGAUUUCAGACAUUUAAGCUUCCAUUUUAUAAGUUAUAAAUUGUCCAAAAUCUUUCAGACAAUCACAAUGUAAUAGUUUUUCAAUGUUGGAAAUAUUGUGGGAAAAAAACGGAAAAAAGUCCGAUUCAUUUUAAGCCAAACCGAAUGGAUUAAAAACUUUAUUCUAACGUCACCGUGCCAUGUCAGAGCAACCAUAAAAAUAAAUAAACAGAAGCAGAAAGGCUGUACACUGAAAAAGAGAUUAUUAUUAGCGGCUAAUUAUAACACGAUGCUUUCGCAACCUCUUCCCAGAGUCUUCUCGUUUUACUGGGCGACAUAAUAGUACGGAUUUUUAGUCCUGUCGGUCACCACCAUAUUUGAAAACGAGAAAACCUUGGGGACUAGUGGGUGAUCGCCAAUUUUCACAUCUUCUCAAGGAUAAUACACCUUGUUUGCCCCCAAAACUUUGCAUAAGCAUUCUUUUCAGUUUCUCCUGGGAAAGCUGUGAUGCCCAGAAGAAAUUAAAAACAAAGGUGAUGCAAAGUUUUUAUUUAGGGGGUGGGGCGGGGGAUGAUGGAGGCAAACAAGGUGUAUUAUGGGAGAUGUGCAAAUGGCGAAUUCUUUUCAUCUCAAAAUUAUCGACAGCGUAACGCAUUUCAGAUCAAGGGUUUUGUUUGAGAAUUCAGAAUGAAGGAGAAUAUUCCUCAAAGUCAUAUUUAUCCGAAAGCGUCAUUUGUGUUGAGGAGUUUCAGACCGAUUUUAUGGAGUUAUUCUGCCUACUUUUGUCCUCUUUCCGGAUGAUGCAGAAUUUCAUGUUUUCCCAUCCACAAGUUGGUACGUUUUUAUGUAAAUAGUAGCAAAAAGCCUAAUACGUCGAUAUCCUUUACAGUAGCAUUUUCAAAUAGUUUUAUAACAAUUUUGUUGUUUUUAUUUUCGGUAUGGAAAGCUGUGGAUAUACUUUUUAGAACCGUCUAGUGAAAGUUGUACAAAAGAAGAAACAAUACAGAUGUAUACAAACGAGUUCGGUUUUUGAUAUAACUUGAUAUGUACACAAUUUACAUAAAUACAAAUUUCGUCGUUAGCUCUUUCUAUUUAGAAAUGCCGUGGAAAUUUCGCUUUUAAAACAAAAAUUCGUUAUUAAGAAGAGGCGGAAUUAUAUAUAUGAAGAAACAUGUGUGUUUCUCUAUCGCCCUUGGUUGCCGUAGAGUCAAUUUUUACUGCCAUUGCACUGUAUCGAAAUGUGUGAUUCUUAUAUAUUAUGUACAAAAACUUCGCAAUCAAAUUAACAAAUUAACUGCGAUAUAUGUGUAACUAAACCGAUAUACAGAGAAAAUAUUUGGGAAGCUUGGCCUCUUGCCGGCCCUGUACUACAGUAGUCUUCAUAUGACAAGCCGAAUUUUAUUUAUUUCUAAACGGCAUAAAAAGCUCAAAAAAUUUGCAUCUGUUACAGAAAAACAAUAAGUUAUCGUUUGUCAUUUAAUUUAACUGCACAAUCAAAUGUGGUAAUUAUUGAGAUUUGAUUUUACAACACCAAGAUAUUGGGAUAAAUGGAAUUUAAUACUGUUUAAUACGCCCAGAGUUACUUUGUAAAACUAUUGAGCAGAUUAUUAUUACUCAUUACACAGUCAAGUAGAAGUACACAGCUUUUAGCUAUAAAUCAAUUCCAAUACAUAAAAACAUCGUUCUGGUUGAUUGCGCAUCUCGGUGAUUUCAACCGAGAAAUUCGAUUUUUUGUUUUCCAUUUCGAUCAUGUAUUUCUGACUGUCUCCAAUCAAGCAAAGAAGAAAACGCGUCACGGAGGGUCUUGGAGUGACUUUACUUGAACCGUGACACAGAUACUAACAAAUGGUGCAAAAAUAGUGAGAGGUAAACAAAAGAAGACAAUAGAAUUAGUGCAUAAUAGUGCGCAAUAUUCUACUUUCUAUUUCACGGUUCAAGUUGAAUCAUUCUAUGGUUAAAAUCUGUUAAUGCAACGCAAACACUUGAGAUAAAGCUGAUCACUUUUAUGUGGCGUUUAUACUUGAAAACAUAAAUUGCUAGAAGGAAUGUUUGCGCGCACCGAAGUUUAAACGAAGUCCAGUUGUCCUCCAACAAGGAGCGCAACUGUAUUCCUGAACCACCGAUUACUCCAUUUUGCGUGAAUUCGCGGAUUUGUCUGCCGAUUGGCGAUCCAAGCACAUACUACUACUUCCCUUUACGUGCCUAUUGGAAACAGCCGAUCAGAUUCUCGAGCAGGGUGGGCCACGGGAGAGAAUACAAGAGUGCCCUCAGUAGAAAUAGAAUUAGCUCGAAUUUCGGUCGCCCUCCUCCGUUCGCAAAUUCAGCCUAAACUAGCCGAAACUACUAUUCCCGAUACGAACGCGAAGCCCUCUCAUUUGUCAGGUUUCUAACAGCAUUGUUCACGAUUCUCCUAAAUUUGAAAUCGCAGGAUACAAAACAAUCAGUUGAGCCCAUGAAAAUAGUCUUUGAUAGCACAUUUAGUUCAGAUCCAUCAUCAGUUUAGCGGGAAGAGAGAAGCCUUCUGUUGUGGAUGCUGGCGCUCGCCGUUUUUGCGAACUGUUUUCUAACCAGAGCUCGAUCCUCUAGUUUCUGGAGUUUGAAAUCCUCGCAAUAAAGCAAUCCUUUGCGUGGAUGGAAAAUAAUUGAUUUCCUAUUGUUUUAGCAACAGACUAAACCAAAUAAGAAUGGAAUCUGUAGUUUUUUGGGCGUUUUUCGCCGUGAAUAUUGGAGCAGAUAAAAACGAAAACUAUUUGAUUACAUUUUCUCCAUUUUGAAAUUAACGAAAGGUUGAAGAAGAGCAAAAAAUUGCAUAACUGAAAAUUUGUUUAGAAAAUGAAGCAAUGACAGACAACCACGGCCACAGUCGUGGAAGAAUUCUUUCCUCUAGGCGAUUUACAGCCCGUAUGAGACACAUGGUGCCACAAAAAGUGAAGUGCAAUAGCUAUAAAAAAUUAUUUCUGAAGGGUUUACUUUGUUAAAUUCAGAAAAGACUUCGCAAAUAAUAAACAAUUACUUUACAGUAUAUAAAUCUUAGUAGCCCCAGUGACGUUAACUUUUCAGUAAAAUUCGCUGCAAUAGCUAGCUUUCAUCACUAGCGUGAAAUUUCGUCCAAAAAUAGCAUAUUUGGUUUAAAACAGUAAGAAAGGAGCCCCGUUGUCGUUCAAAAACAGACUCAGUCCGUUUGUCUUUAUCAAGCUGGAGGUCUUGUUAUUUGCGACAUUUUUACUUUUGUGAACUUCUUAACGUAUUCUGUUUUCAAUUUUGUUUGCAGGAAAUCACGAGAAAAUGUCCACUUCCCAAUUUAAAGUGUCGCUUAUUCUGUUAGCAUUUCUUGUAUUUACGACAUUAUUCUUUGCUUGUGCUACAAGUGGUAACAAAACUAAACAGUCAUCGUGCGACAUGGUAGGUGACUCGCUUAGUUAAAAACAUGCAAAUUUUUAAGGAAAAUAGAACGUCAUCAGUUCUUUUUAAGAUGUUCAUGAAAAAUUCGCGUAUUAGAUAAACACCAGUAUGUCAAACAGGGGCACCCAACGAUGAUAUAGUUCAAAACCACUUAACGUAGCAUUGUUGAACGUAUUUUAGUAUUCAAACGGUAGAUAUAGGCAUAUUUUUAUCCCCUAAAAACUUUUCAUCUGUUCGGAUUUCCUAGCUGAAAGUUUAGUGAUCCGAAAAUUAUAGGGAUAAAAACUUACCUUCUCGAAAAUUUCAGCCAGGAAAAGGCUCCCGAAAAUUCUAGGUGGCCUUUUUUAGGGUCAAAAUCCGUUAAAAAUGGGUAAUUAUACCAUUUUGUAGAUGUUCGAAAAUCCUAGGAGAGGCAGGCAAGCAAGAAAUUUUACAACAAAUGCUCCGAAAAUUCUAGAUCUCAAAUCGUCUUCCGAACAGAUAUUUUCCCGAAAAUUGCCGUUGGGUGCCCCUGGUCAAACUUCCCCACGAUUUCAGUACUUCCUGUAUGCGCAGCGACUGAAAACUGGAGAGCAAAAAGUUUCAUUUGCCAGAUCUUAUAUCUUUUCGGCAGCGUUUUAGCCGUUAAGAUGGGAUUGAAAAAUGUGCGGCUUUUAUCUUUUAAAGAGAAUCGUAACCGCUAAUUGUAACGUCAACAGCUCGAUUAAAACGCCUUCACUAAAUUUCACAAAUAAUCGGUUCGCAAAAGCUACAAAAUUUUACCCCAUCAAGUCACAUUCGUAACAGCCAACAGAAAUGUUGCAGAUCUACGUCACGUAAAUAAGUAUGAAAAAAAGGUCCCCAAACAUAACUGCGAGAUUUUUUUAGUUUUAUAUACCCUACCAAACUAAUUUUGCUUUUGCUUUUCUUUUUUUGUGUGUGUUAUACUGGCAUACAUCCCCACAUGUAGUAUAGGUUUUGUGUAACAGGGGCUCUCCCAAAACAAGCCCGCGGUAGUGUAUGUGGUUUUUUUUUAUUAAGAACUCCCACUCCCAUUCACAAUUUGUAUGAACUUAAUGCAUAAUUUUCCUUCCAAUUUACCAGGCCCCUCGCGUCUAUUGUGCUGCAAUUCUCGAGAUGAAUGGCAAACCUGGUUCCCCUGGGAUACCAGGCCGCGACGGACGAGAUGGCCGUGAUGGAGCCAAAGGUGACCAAGGUAUCCCAGGGAAGACUGGACCCCAGGGGCCUCCGGGACCUAGCGGAAACCUGGGGGCUAAUGGAAAGUAUUGCGUCAAGGGAGAAAGAGGCACGCAAGGAAAGAGUGGAUCCCAGGGGUCCCCAGGGCUUAAAGGGAGCCCAGGUGCUAAUGGAAAGGAUGGAUCGAAAGGAGAGCGGGGAGCCCAGGGACCACCAGGACAAAAGGGGGAACGCGGGGAGAGUGGAUUAAGUGGAACCCCUGGGAAUCCAAGUCUGAUGUCUCUUAGAAACUGGAAGGAAUGUGCUUGGAAAGAGAUUGCCGAUGAUAAAGAUAACGGCCUGAUCAGGGUUUGAAAAAUCAGACUUUUUAUUUGUUUUCUUGUGGACAUUAUUUAAUAAUUAUAACAAUUUAAAAUACCGUUUAAAAUGCUAUUUACCUUUUCUUUUUCUUGUGCCUCAUAAAUGUCAAGUCCACAAUACUUCUAAUGCGCUAAUUAAUUAAGCUGCAAGAUCGUUUGUUUUCCACUACUCCAAACGGAAAUACUUAAUAGUUUAAUAUUAUUAACAUACGCUUCCUUUUGCUCAGGAAUGUGUGUUUCGGAAGAAUUUCUCUGACACUGCUCUUCAUGUCUCCUGGACGGGUACCCUUAGAGUAUCUGGCUGCACAGGCUGCUGCAAACGCUGGUACUUCACUUUCAACGGUGCGGAAUGUUCAGCUCCCUUGCCCAUUGAAGGUAUCGUGUACUUAGGCGGUUUGGACAAAUCCCGUAAUCCUCAUCGCGUCCGCCAUAUUGAGGGCCACUGCAAUAACAUACGCCAAGGAAAGGUGCGCGUGGGAUUCUGGGUCGGCAAUUGCGCAAGAGCCAGUGGAAGCUUUGACGCCUACACAGGAUGGAACGCUGUGUCCCGAAUCUUUAUAGAAGAGGUUCCAAAAGCUCAAGCUUAGACCUGGGGACGUGAAUUGAAGCCAUUGUUGCAUAUAAGCCAGACAAGGACUUUAAAGGAUAGUACCGUUGCAUUAAGGGAUAUCGGCUAAUUGCUUUCUAGCCACUUAAACGUUACUGAUGAUAAAUAAAUGGCAACAGGCUUCCAAAGAAAAUGUUUGAUUGUUUGUUUCGCUCUUCAACGUAACAGAUAUAAAAUAAAUAAAUGAAAUGUAAUAGCCUGUAUAACAGGCUUCCUUUUUUUCACGUUUUUCAGAAGAGCGAAUGACCAUGUCUGGCCCUCCUAGCUCGCUUUGCGCUUACUUUUUGUCGCCUGAACAACGAGAAAUAAUAAGGUCUUUUAUGCAGUCUAGAAAUAUAAAAAUGCACCUCUUAAAUUCCAAUUUGCUCUGAGAGCUAACAACUUAGAAACGUUUUCGAGACGUCAUAUAAUAGAUGCGGUAGUUUGUAGGUCUGCAGGGUCAGCAACCUCGUACCCAAACCUACAUCUCAUUAUGUAAAUUUCCACGUUAGAAAUGGCGGGGAGAUAUAAAAAGUAAGAAAGAUGGCAGCUUCGCCCACCGUUCCUUCCUUUCCUAUGAUGUCUCACUCUUCAAUUGUUUGCAGUCAUUCUCCACGUUCCGAACGAUCUUUCAAAUUCCCAGUAGGGAAGGGACAGGGAAUUAAACUCUCCGCAGCGACCUCAUAGCCUGUGACAGCCUGUGUGAUGGGCGCAAAAAUGGGAGGGAGGAGAGGACAAAAGCGCGAAAGGGAAAAUAAAGAAGGAGCGCCUCCAUCCCUUUCCGUGUCUCCCCAGUUCCUCUCCCUUUUUCACUUCCCCUCAACCCCCUCCCUCCCUCUUUUUGACGCCUACAAUACAGGCUACAACCCUUAGCCUAAACGUGGGCAAGUCAGUUCCCCACCCCUCGGAGGUAAAUUUGCUUCUUACGCAUUUCUGGGGUAACAUGAAGAGGUGUUUGAUAAUGUUCAAACAGAGAAUUAUUUAAAAUGGCUUCAUACCUCCAUUCUCUUGACUGUGUUUUUGUCUUUAUUUGUCCAAAACCCUUCAGCCAAUCACAAUGAGGCAGCAUUUUGAUAUUAAAACAAGGCGAUUCAUUAGUAGCAAACUGAUUAAAAGCGUUAUUCUAAAUUUUUUAGGUUAACGGCAUGGAUUAAAAAAAGUAAAACUGCAGAGGGGCUGUGUGUGAUGAAGAAAUUAUUUUUAGUUUUACUGCGGCGAUUUUGUGGUUCCUUGUCCUUACACAAAGAAUCCUGGAAUAGAAAUGACGACAUUGGUAAUUUUGUAUUUAUUCCUUUUUUAAUAUAGUUAAAGGAUUUUAUUCCUUUGAGUUAAAGAAAAAUACCCAGAGAAAAAUCUUAAAACUGAAUAUUUUUGUCUUGUGGAAAAAAAUAGUGCGUUUUUCAUGUAAAUUGUAGACCGCAAUUAAAAGUCACAGUGCAAUCAAUGAGGCCCGUGGAUCGGAAUCAAUGGGCAGUUGGGCUGUCUGUUUUAGUAAACUUCUCGUUUUCAUACCACACAAUAUUCCUGUCUAGUGUAAGCAGCCCAGUGAAUUCAUCUUUUGGUGGGUCAAGUUGUGUAAGGGCUAGGUAUCAUUGUUGUGUUCUUUGUGACGUAACCUGAGACUUGCUACUCCCUUGCGAUUCUCCAUGAUUUAGAAUCGAAGUUUGUUUCCUAUUUUGAUCAUUCCUGACUGUUUACUGAUUAGUCUAUACCUACAACGUGGACAUUUAUGAGUCUCAUACUUUCAGAGAAGCUUUUAAAAUGAAUUUCAUCUUCCUUGCAAACGGUGUGCAAAUGAAAAUUGCCGGAGUUGGUAACGGUAUAAGCAAAGGCCCUUUUUGCCGUAAAGAGGAGAACUACUAUCCCCGAACGAUUGAUUGCUUGUAAAUUUUCACGAUUCUUUCGCGUUUUCUGGCGAAGUCGAUCAGGUACAAAAGUUGUCAGCCGGAAAUUUCCUGCUUUCUGUGGCGUGCCUAUUAUUAACAGCCAAUCAGGUUGUCGCAUCUAAGUUUGCCAGUUGGCCCACGGCGAGAAAAGAGUGCCUUUGGAAUCCGGCCUAAUUGCGGGUUACACACCAAACUUAGAAAUAAGUGUCAGCUCCGAUAAAAUAUUCCAAGGUAACCUUGCAGUUGUUAAAAGGCAGAAGACGGAUACCGGAAUAACUAGAUAUUAGUAGAAAGGAGGAUUACGUGCUAGUACAAUAGUGGUGACAGAGCUCAACUGAAGGUCAACAAGGCUCUCAAACGCAAAUCAGCUCAUGUCACAAAAGACUGAAAACAAAAGAAGUAAUUCAGCUACUGCUGAUUUAGUUGUUCGUGAGUUUUGGAAGGAAAAGAAGUCUUUCCAUCUUUACAGGUACGUUUGAUGAUUUUUUUCAUAAAUGGAUUAGUUUCUCCUCUCAAAUACGUUUAAGUUUUGUCACUCAGUUAGCAAAAAUAGAAUGGGCUAUUGCUAAGUGCAGGUGACUUGUCACUUUUUUCAGUGCUUGCAAGUCGGUUAAUUUUGAAAUCAGCGGGUAUGUCAACCAUCUUUUAUGUCUUUGAAAAUAAUAACCGAUGUACUUUCUUGUCCUUCGGCCUGGAAAUGAUAUUUGAAACUCAGUAGCUGUCACUGAGGGACUUUUGUUGUUUGAACUGGUGAUUUUCCCCCCAAAAUGAUGUAAUCCCUCAUUCUUGCUUCAGAGCAGACGAAAAGAAAAACUAUCUAAUCAAAAUUUCUUUUCUUUCUAUUGAAGAUCAUAGAGGAAACAAAAUCACUUAAAAUGAAUAGCUAAACAACGCUGGAUAAAUUUUAACCCAACUGCAGCGUGAUGUUUCACAGUAAACUCGAGUAUGCAGUUAUUAUAACUUUAAUUUCAAAGUUUUAUUUUACUGAAUUCAGAGAAGACUUCCCAAAGUACAGAUGUGGUCGAUCAUGGUUCUGGUAGUAGUUCAAAGUUUUUCCGAUCCAGAGGCGACGCGUUCAUUCUCAACUAUUUAGUAAUGAAAGUGUUUUUUCGCUCAUAAUGAUCAUCUAUCUUUAAUCUCUUCUCCAGGAAAUCAUGAGAAAUAUGGUUACUUGCACAUUAAAAGUCUGGCUUUGUCUUUUAGCCUUAUUUGCAAUACUAUUCUUGGCCUAUGCCACAAGUGUCAACCAAACAAAACAGUCAUCGUGUAACAUGGUAGGUGGCGCGGUGAUUGCAUUUAAUUAGGGACAGUUAAAAAGUCUCUUAAUUUCCUAGAAAAAAAACGCCAUUUAUAUCAAUUGUUCACAUGUAGGACCUUAUUGAAUAAACAAUCUUCAUUCAAGUGUCACUGGUUAAUUAACAGUAUGUACUUCUUGUAUACUUAGCAACUUAAAAUUCGUAGCCAAAGGGUUAAAAAUACACAGUUAAGACGUCUAUCGCUGAGCUGAAAUUUGAAAAAAGGACGGCUGUUAUAUCUACAAGUUAUACGAUUGUAACAGCUUAAUUUAGGAAAUGAAAUCAUCAACAAAGCCCAUUUACUAUUUAUGUAUUGAAUCCGCUUUACUCCUAACUUACCAGGCCCCUCCUGUGUGUCAUGCUGGUAUUCCUGGCAUGCAUGGCAAACCUGGUUUCCCUGGGAUACCAGGCCGCGACGGACGAGAUGGCCGUGAGGGAGCUAAAGGUGACCAAGGUAUCCCAGGGAAGACUGGACCCCAGGGGCCUCCAGGACCUAGCGGAAACACUGGUGUUAAUGGAAAAGAUGGCGCUAAAGGGGAACGCGGAGCCCAAGGACCCCCAGGACAAAAGGGGGAACGCGGGGAGAGUGGAUUAAAUGGAACCCCUGGGAAUCCAGGUCUGAUGGCUUUUAAGAACUGGAAGGAAUGCGUUUGGAAAAACAUCUAUGAUGGCAAAGAUAAUGGGCUGAUCAAGGUAAACACAUUGUUCUUUACCCAUUCUUUAUAUCAAGGUCUAAUCAGGGUUAAAGGGAAGUUUUUUAUUUGUUUUCUUAAAGAAGCAAUAAUAACAGCCACUACCUAAUAAUAAUAAUAAUAAUAAUAAUAAUAAUGAUAAUAACAAUAAUAAUAAUAAUAAUAAUAUAAAAAAUGAAAUGAUGAUGAAACAAUAGCAUUAAAAAUCAACGAAAAACUAAGAGACAAAAGAUGUAGAAGAAGCUUAAGAGCGUGAAGGGAUCAUGACCAGUUUUCAUUUCCCGUGCCUCUAAGCACACAAGACUGUUUAGUGGUGUAUUUUUACCAGCAUAUCUGUUUCUCUCUUUUGUCAAGGAAUGUGUGUUCAGCAAAAACUUCUCUGACACUGCUCUUCAUGUAUACUGGACGGGUACACUAAGAGUCUAUGCUAAUGGUGGCUGUAGACGCUGGUACUUUACUUUCAACGGUGCAGAAUGUUCCGCUCCCCUACCCAUUGAUGGUAUUGUAUAUGUGGCCAGCAAAACUGUAAACCCUCAUCGCGUCCGCCACAUUGAAGGCUAUUGUAAUAACAUCCACAAAGGAAAGGUGCGUGUGGGUUUCUGGGUUGGUAAAUGCGAAGGGUACAAUGGAAACUAUGACGCCUACACAGGAUAUCGUUCUGUGUCCCGCAUCUUCGUAGAGGAGGUUCCAAAAGCUCAAACUUAGAACCUUAAGCGGUGCAUCCACUCCUGCAUAUUAAGCAGACAUGGACAGUAGUAAA